CUGCUCGGGAUCGAUGGGAGCAUGGCGCGCUUUCUCUUCUUUCACAUGUUGUGAGAUGUGGCUGUGCAUCUUCUCGAAAGCUAGUUAUUUUGUGCUCGCCCUGCUUGGAAGAAGCCUCAGACUGCAGCUCAUGUACAAGCAUCUGGCCAGCUUUUGCAUGAAUCACAGGGAUAUUUGUGGCCUCUGGCUUUGCGAACCGCACUGUGAGCAAGCCGAGCUGCUCUCCUCAGCGCUGCGGCUGAAACCCUCUUCUUGCACCGAAGAUCUAAUUGACGCUGAAUAAAACCCGGCCAUCACUGUCAGAGAGCUUGUGUCCACUGUUGGCUCUCAAAGGUUACUAAAACUUUAGCAGCUGCCUUGAAACAGAGCUACCUAAGCUUCACUUACUGUUGCUUCUUCCUACGCCAUACUGCACUGCUGCUUUUGCUCUUGCCUGCUUCAGAACACAAUAAGAGAUUUUCUUUUUUAAAUACCUGCAAUGAAACUUAGGCUAGAAGUAUGCACCAUUCUUUUGCUGCCUGUGUACUUGUUAAUAUCUGUGUACAGUAUGCUCGUAUUUAUUCCAUGGUAUUUUCUUACCAACGCAAAGAAGAAAAAGGCUAUGGCAAAGCGUUUAAAAGCUAAACCCAUCUCGGACAAACCUGGAAGCCCCUACCGUUCUGUCACUCACCUUGACUCACUAGCAAACAUAAACAUUCCUGGAGCAGACACGUUGGACAAGCUGUUUGACCAUGCUUUAGCAAAGUUUGGGAAAAAGGACUGUCUUGGGACCAGAGAACUACUGAGUGAAGAAAAUGAAAUGCAACCAAAUGGAAAAGUGUUCAAAAAGUUAAUAUUAGGAAAUUACAGAUGGCUAUCCUAUGAAGAAGUAAAUGAGAAAGUGAAUCGCUUGGGGAGUGGACUGACUGCCCUGGGACUAACCCCAAAGAGUACUGUUGUCAUAUUCUGCGAGACCCGAGCAGAAUGGAUGGUUGCAGCUCUCGCCUGCUUCAAGUAUAACUUUCCUCUUGUCACGUUGUAUGCCACCCUGGGUGAAGAGGCAGUAACCUACGGUCUCAAUGAAUGCGGAGCAUCGUAUCUGAUCACUAGUGCAGAACUUCUUGAGAGCAAACUUAAGGCUGCAUUGCCACGAGUCUCCUGUCUUAAACAUAUCAUUUAUGUGGACAAUAAAACCAUCAAUAAAUCUGAAUACCCUGAAAAUGUGGAGAUUCAUAGUAUGCAGACAGUGGAAGAGCUGGGAGCCAAACCAGAAAACUCAAGCGUUCUGCCAAGCAGACCUGUUCCUACAGACUUGGCUUUAGUAAUGUACACCAGUGGCUCUACGGGGAGACCUAAAGGAGUGAUGAUGCAGCACAAAAACUUGAUAGCUGGAAUGACAGGGCAGUGCGAGAGAAUACCUGGCCUGGGACCCAAGGAUACUUAUAUUGGUUAUUUGCCCCUGGCCCAUGUAUUGGAAUUGACAGCAGAAAUUUCUUGCAUCACUUACGGCUGCAGGAUUGGAUAUUCCUCUCCACUUACACUAUCGGAUCAGUCAAGUAAAAUUAAGAAAGGAAGCAAAGGAGACUGUACUGUACUUAAGCCUACCCUGAUGGCAGCUGUGCCUGAAAUAAUGGACCGAAUUUAUAAAAAUGUCAUGAGUAAAGUUCAAGAGAUGAACUACAUUCAGAGAACUCUGUUCAAGAUAGGCUAUGACUACAAAUUAGAACAAAUCAAAAGGGGAUAUGAUGCACCUCUGUGUAACAUGCUGUUGUUUAAGAAAGUCAAGGCACUACUAGGAGGGAAUGUCCGCAUGAUGCUUUCUGGAGGAGCACCACUUUCGCCUCAAACACAAAGAUUCAUGAACAUCUGUUUUUGCUGUCCUGUUGGUCAAGGCUAUGGAUUAACAGAAACAUGUGGAGCAGGAACAAUUACAGAAGUUGCUGAUUAUAGCACUGGCAGAGUUGGAGCCCCUCUUAUUUGCUGUGAAAUAAGAUUGAGAGACUGGCAAGAAGGGGGCUAUACUAACAGAGACAAGCCUAAUCCUAGAGGAGAAAUAAUAAUUGGUGGACCUAAUGUCUCAAUGGGAUAUUUUAAAAAUGAAGAGAAAACAACAGAAGAUUUCUCCAUUGAUGAGAACGGGCAGAGGUGGUUUUGUACUGGAGAUAUAGGAGAAUUUCAUCCAGAUGGGUGUCUGCAGAUCAUAGAUCGUAAAAAAGACUUGGUAAAGCUACAAGCAGGAGAAUACGUGUCUCUGGGCAAAGUGGAGGCAGCACUGAAGAACUGUCCGUUGAUUGACAAUAUCUGUGCUUAUGCCAAAAGUGACCAGUCUUACGUGAUCAGUUUUGUGGUUCCCAAUCAGAAGAAGCUGACUGCAUUAGCUGAGCAGAAAGGUGUAAGCGGAACCUGGGUAGACAUUUGCAACAAUCCUGCAAUGGAAGCUGAAAUACUGCGAGAAAUUAAAGAAGUGGCAGACAAGAUGAAAUUAGAAAGGUUUGAAAUACCCAUCAAAGUACGGUUAAGCCCUGAACCAUGGACCCCAGAGACUGGGCUAGUAACAGACGCUUUCAAGUUGAAACGGAAAGAACUGAAGAACCAUUACCUCAAUGACAUUGAAAGAAUGUAUGGAGGCAAAUAAAAAGUUCUGUUGGCUAGACAGUUGUGCAGAAGGUUCCUUCUCAUGCCUUGAUUUUGGAUGUCUUUGUAUAGAGUAGGUAUCACAUGGAUUCAGAAAAUACACCAAAUGGAUGAAUGUUUCUUAUAAUCUCUAAUGAGAGCAAAGAUCUUAGACUCCAAAUUCAUAAUUACUAGCAGAAAACCUUAAUGUGCUUCAGUGUCAUGUCGUCAUUUCCAGUUCAGAGACAGACAUAAUUAUGUGAAGCAGUAUGGACAGGUAAUGUUAUUCUUACUGUUUCUCUAGCACAUUCAGACUGCUUGCAAUUUCUCCCUAAUGGACUGUGAAGUCUGAUGUACAUUUCAAAGAGAAACAUUAAUAUAAUUUUGAUGAUUCUAUCAUAGUAAGAUACUUAGCGGGGACAAAAUGUGUAUUUAAAGCUUAACUGUCUCCAUUUAAAAUAAAAAUAAGAAAACAACAUGGGUCAAGAACUUGCUAGAGAUCACUAGUAAUGUACUGCUUGAGAAUGGAUGGAUUCUUCUGCACCUCAGUUAUCUUCAGUAUUUACAGUGCCUAAAAGAAAAUAUGAAGUAUACUUAUUGAAAUCAAGGUGAACUGAAAAACUUUCUAAAAACAAGUUAUUUGAAAGUUUCACUCACGAGCAUUGAAUCAACUCUUUCAAAUUUCAGCUCACCAAAUACAUCUUUUACUUGCCACCAUGUUUUAAUUCAUUCAGAGCUUUCACACUAGGACCUACAGCAUUUAAAAACAAAAGACAAAGACUUGCCUUGCUGCAGGAGGUUCUGAUGAGAAAAAUCAGCUGAAUGCAGAAUGCAAAACUUGCAUCCUGACUGGCAAACAGUGAAAUUGACGGGCCGUUGUCUCUAAGCAGAUUUGAAACUGAGUUGAAUUAUUUUUUUUGAGGGGGCCUGAUCCUUCAGACCUUCACAUACAUGUGAGCAAUGGUACAAGUUAUCUCUGUGUAAUUUACAGGAUCAGAAUCUAAAUAGCUAUGUUGCAGAAAGGUAUUUCUGUUCACCUUUUACAAUAUGGUAACCAAAACAAGACAACCAGAAAACAACAGUAGUUUCUCCACGUAGUUUUAUUUUACUUAUGGGAAAGUAUGCUGUGGCUGGGGAAUCUUUGUUUUAAGGGACUUGUUAACAGGGACAAAUCACUCUACAUAGAGAUUCAUUAUAAAAAUGUUAUUUUAUUAACUGGAAAUUGUAGUUGUGCUGAAGUGAGAUGUUAUAACUUAAUAGGUUAUCAUUUUGUGUGCAGCAUCCUGUACUGUGUCUCCUUUGACUUGGUAGUACCUGAGCUCCUGCAUCCCUGCUAGCUCUUUACACUUGAACCGUAAAUGCUGUAAAAAGUGGAGGCUCUUGAUACUGUUCUACUUUGCACUUUUCUUAAUCAUUUUAUAUAUGUUGCAUACAUUUUGUACAGGUGUGGCUCAACUGCUAUAUAUGACAAAUUAAUUUUAAAAGUAUUUAUAGAUUUCUUCUAUUCAUGAUGUGUUGUGUAUAUGAUGGUUAAAAAGGAAAAUUAUUUGUUAUUGUCACUGUACAGAAAGUAAAAGAUUUUGUACGACGCUACUCUUUAACGUACUAGCUUGCAAUUUCAGGGCAAGUUUUUAUUUUCUUGCAUGUAUGUGUAUUUUUUUUCUCCAACUCAAACAGCUUUUGUCUAAAAUACAUCACAGCUAUAUACUGGUCAACCAAACUGUCCCUUUUCCUCGGGACCAACUUCAAACUUCCCCAUGCUUAACUUCUCCAGCCAGUCCAGAACACUGCCAGUCCAUCUUCCAAGAACCCUGAGGGGGAAAGGGGAACAGCAGAUCUAGUACAUAAACCUGGCUGCACACAGUUGUGCGUGGAAUUAGAACGGUCACCAAAAGGAACCAAAAACUAGCUUUUCUAAUAUUCCUAAUUAUAUUAAGAAUGUUAGAAUACGCAGCGUAUAUAUAAAGACACAUACAUCGGUUUAUGACAACGGCAUUACUUUCUGUAUCAUUAGCACCUUUUCAAGUGACUCAGUCCUGGACCUAUGUCACCAGCUUUUCCAUGGUUAAAAUCAGUCGCUGUUAUACCUGGUUAGACAGCCUGUUAGCAUCACAGAAGUUAUACGCGUGUAAGAAAGUUACUUGUACUUGGACCUGUCAGCAAGUCGUAUGAUUUUCUUUUAAACCAUGAAUGUAUUUAUAUGAAAUGUAUUUUAUCUAGACUCUGGGUACCUUCUGUGUCUUGGUUGACUGAGAAUUGCUAUUUUCAGUAUAUAUAUACAUACACAACAUCUCAACAAUGGAAUACAGUUGAAAUGGUUAAAGAA